ACACUCGGGCCUCCAUCCUCCCUCCGCUUGCCCUCCCCCGCCCCACCUCCCCCGGAGCCGCCUCGCCGGGCCUCCUCCCUCCGCCGGAUCCGCCCGGACGGCCCAGCGCCCUGACGACGGACGCCCGGCGCCCCGACAUCCUAGCGUUGCCGUUGCCGAUCCCCUUACCCGCGUCAGCUUCGUCAAAGACACGCGGAAAAAGAGAGAAGAGAAAGGGGGAGGCGAUUCGACCUAGGCCCGGUUCCGAUUUGCGCGUCCAGAUUUACCAGCAAUGGCAUCAUCUUCGGACCCAUGGAUGAAGGAGUACAAUGAAGCAUCCAGACUUGCUGAUGACAUCAGUUCCAUGAUUGCCGAUAGAGGGUCUCUUCCACAAUCAGGCCCAGAAAUUAUGCGGCAUACUUCAGCCAUCCGGAGAAAAAUAACUAUUCUUGGGACUAGACUGGAUAGCUUGGAGUCAUUGCUUGGUAGAAUUCCUCCAAAGUCAAUCACUGACAAGGAGAUGCAUAAGCGCCAAGACAUGCUUUCUAGUUUGAAGUCUAAAGCAAAGCAGAUGGCAACAAGUUUCAACAUGUCAAACUUUGCUAACAGGGAGGAUCUGCUUGGUCAGAGUAAAAAGGCAGAUGACAUGAGCAGAGUUGCCGGGUUAGAUAACCAAGGAAUUGUUGGCCUUCAGAGGCAAAUUAUGAAAGAGCAAGAUGAGGGUCUUGAGAAGCUGGAAGAGACAGUGCUGAGCACAAAGCAUAUUGCGUUAGCAGUCAAUGAAGAACUUACCCUGCACACAAGAUUGAUAGAUGACCUUGAAGAUCAUGUUGAUAUUACAAAUUCACGUCUUCAGCGUGUGCAAAAGAGGCUUGCAAUUCUGAACAAGCGCACCAAAGGUGGCUGCUCAUGCAUGUGCCUGCUUCUAUCUGUCGUUGCCAUCGUGAUUCUUGCGGUCAUUGUUUGGCUUCUCGUCAAGUAUCUGUAAAGAAAAGAAAGAAGCAGUCGGCCACCCUGCAGACCUCUCUCGAAAUGCCCCUCGUGUUACCAGCGGCCUUUGCUUGAAAAGUCCCUUCUGUGCUACUCCACUGAAACGUGCAGCCCUUUAAAAAUAAUAUAUAUACGGUGGUUUCAUCUCCCCUUUGUGAGUGAAAUGUGCAGCCCUUUAAAAGUAAUAUAUAUACAGUGGUUUCAUCUUCCCUUUCGUGAGUGGAAUGGUUAUGUACAUCGAAUUUGGCAGACAUGUGUAUGGCGUUUGUCAGUUUGCAGUGACAAGUGUGGAUUUAUUCUGUGCUAUAAGCACUCUAUCUCUCAGCUACCGUUCUUGUGCAUCGAGUAAAUUCAGUUAAAAGUUA